AUGGCUGUGUCAUACUCAUCGGGUCACCCGCCAGGGCAUGCCCCGAAGCUCCCUUCCUUCCGAGAGCUUCUGCCUGAUUAUCUUCAUGAUGAAAUAGAUUCGGCCUCAUACCAUUUACACGCUGGCUCCAAUCACCAGGGCAGCCAUUUACCUCCCGUCCCCGGGCGGGAUUUGGCAUCAAAACGAGGGUCAGGGAGUCGCCAUCACCCUGGGUCAGUGAGUCGAGGGCAGGACUACGAUAGCCCACACGUACGGCACAGCAGCUACCUAGAGGGGCAGUCGCGAUAUCACAGUCACCAUCUCCCGCAGGAACGUCAAUAUUAUGAUGAUAGAAUGCCAUUGACUCCUACUUCACGUAGCAGCCGGCACCUUGACCCAAGCGAUCAUGCAAACUAUCUGCCGCCGUUGCGCAAUUAUGAACCAGUGACCGGGCCAAUCUCGUCUUCUGCCCGAAGGCAUGAAGAAAGGGGUUAUGACCUUGCUUACGACACUGAACGGGCAGGCUACGCCUCUUCUCGCUCCAGCACUAUAGGCUCAAUGGCGCAUGGAACGGCAGGCCCCUAUCCAUCAGCAUACAACAGUCCAGCUCACGGAUCGUAUCAGUCGUACUAUGGGGGUGAACAUGAAUCCGCAGCUCAGAGUCACUUUACAGACGCAAAAUCUACAAAGUAUGAUUCUUUUGGGGAUAGUGCGGACUCCAAAAGCAAGAAAAGACGGGGCAAUCUUCCAAAGCCGACUACAGAUAUACUACGCGCCUGGUUUUAUGAACAUCUCGAUCACCCCUACCCGAGUGAGCAGGAUAAGCAGAUGUUCAUAACCCGUACCGGGCUAACCAUCAGCCAGAUCAGCAACUGGUUUAUUAACGCUAGGCGCCGACAUCUCCCAGCAUUACGGAAUCAGGGUCGCGCCCCGGAGUCUGAAAGAGUACGCCCGAGUUCUGCCAUGAGUGAGGACGAUCCAGAUUAUGACACAUCGCCGUCUCGCCGCUGA